AGUGGACUUACCUGGCACAGGAGUGGGGCUGAGGUCACAUCAGGAGUACUCAGCGUUGAGAGAUUCAUCACUUGCAGUCACCUGCCACAGGGUAACGUAACCCAAAUUGAUCCUGGCAAUUACUAUGUCACACUCUGGCAAAAGUUGCCUUACUGAAUGAUUGGUCUGGUGAAUUGAUUUGCUUGGAUGACUGCUUAACUGGUUCUUUGGUUGAGUGAAUGACGCAGUGGCUGGUCGAAUGAGUGGCUAACGGAUUGGUUGAUUUUGUUUAGUAAUAUAUAAUUACAAAACUCAAAACUGAACUACCUAAUGAUUGAUUGACCUAUUGGUAGAGUAAAUCGAAGAUAGUGACUAGGUUACCCGUUAAUUUACCUAUUGGUUAACUAAUUAACUCCUUAACCGAUUGAUCGGUAAUCCAUAUGACUCUAGUAGGUUUACUAAGCGACAAAUUGAUGAAGUGGGGCUUUGGUGAUGACUGCUUUUUAAAAACAUGGAAAUUGACGAAGUUGACCACAGGUGACGGAAGGAAGGUAAACACUGGAGUAUCGCUUAGUUGAAUGAAUGUUCGAAUAUCGCAUAUUUGUGACGUCGGAACGUUUAAACAUCUAAACGUCGAGACGUUGGAACAUUGCUACCUUCAGGCGUCAUAAUUUGAAACCUUGGUAACACAGCAACUGGAACAUCGAGGUAUUGAAACAUUGAGCCACAGGCUUGGAGAAGUGAAGCCUGAAGCAUCGAGGGGGCAGCAGUAUAGGAGGAUGAGCGGAACAGGAGAGGAGGACGAGGGGGCGAAGAGCCCCGGUUCCCGCAGCCCCCCUGUGGACGUUUCUGGCCUUAAGGAAAACCAACAGCCCAAGCAGCAGGGAGGAGUGGCAGAGGUAGAGGGCCGGCGGUGGUCAGGUCCCGCAGGUGGCGGCGGCGGCGGCAUCCUUAGGCUCGAUCCAGCCAAGCCUCGCCGGGCCUCAGCCGCCUCCGUAGACUUCAAGGCUGACAAGGAUGACCCCGCCUCGCCGUGUCCCAGCGACCGUCUGAGUGUCACCUGGGCUGAUGGUGAGAGAUCAGUGUCCAGCGACGCGGUGUCCCUGGUCCCGCGGGGUCCCAUGUCUCCCGACCCGCCCCCCGUCAUCACACUUCCCCCGGCGUGUGGGACCUCCCUGGAAGAGCCGCCCGUCGAGGAUGACUUCAACGCCAGCAUCUCUGCCAUCCUCAAGCGCUCUAACUCUAAAGGCUCCAGACGAGGCUCUAAGAAAAAGAAAAAGAUUCGCAGGACCUCCACCAUGACUACUAGCUCCGGAGAGACGGUGGUGGAGGUGGAGGAGUCGACUGCGGACGAGGUGGCGGAGACCCUCCGGAUCCAUAAGGAGGUGCUGGCCGGCGUCAACCAACAACCAUGGCCGAUCGCCAGGAAACUACGGCUGGCACGGUCAGCAAGAGAGUAUAUUCAGCGGCACGAGGGCGAGCUGGAGGAACGUCUGGCCCAGAGCUCCAGCACCAAAGAUGUCCUCCUCAGACACUUCAUACGCGUCAGGAGGGUGGCGCGAGCGGGGGUACGGGCCGUGUACCUUUGGGUGGCGGGGCUGGAGCCAUGGCAGGGACGCAUCAAGACCAUAGAGUCCCACUUCGGGUCUGCCGUGGCCUCCUACUUCACCUUCCUCCGGUGGGUGCUUGGCCUCAACGUCGCCCUCACUGCUCUCUUCGCCGCCUUUGUCAUCAUCCCCGAGUUCCUGGCCUCGGAGCGUUCGGCGGCUGGAGAGCGCAAGAGCAUUCUGAGAGAGGACCGGGUCAGAGCAUACGACUUCAAGGUAAUGUGGGACUUCGAGGGCGUCCUCCGGUACUCCCCGGUUUUCUAUGGCUACUACAGCAAGAUCCCCACCACCAGAGAAGGUUACAGGCUCCCUCUCGCCUACUUCCUCACUUCCCUUGCCGUCUAUGCUUACAGCUUCAUCGCCAUACUGAGGAAAAUGGCAGCCAACUCGCGCAUGUCGAAGCUGGCGGAGGACGAGGAGUGUACCUUCGCUUGGCGUCUCCUGGCGGGUUGGGACUUCACCAUCGGCAACCUGGAGGCGGCACAGAACAAAGUGGCCGCUAUCAACACCGGCUUCCGGGAAUCUCUGCUCGAAGCUAAGGAGCUCGAGAAGGAAGAGAAGAGCUGGAAGCUCCGUGUACGGCGGGUAUUGGCUCACCUGAUAGUACUCCUGCUGAUCAUGGGCAGCGCCUACGCCGUGGUGCUCCUAGUCAAACGCUCUGAAGACGUCGACGGGUCCUCCUCCUGGUACCGGCAGAACGAACUCACCAUCACCCUCACCCUCAUCUCCAUGGUCUACCCCAAUAUCUUCGACGUGGUGGGACUCCUGGAGGUGCGCCACCCGAGGAACCAGCUUCAGUGGCAGCUGGGCCGUAUCAUGGCUCUCAAUCUCCUCAACCUUUACACACUCAUCUUCGCCCUCUUCUCAAAGGUCGACGACAUGACGACAGAGUUGGGGGAGCUGAAGACCAAUCUAACAGAGACUUACAGCAUAUCGACCACGCUAGAUUUCACCAUGGGCUUCUCCCAAACUACACCGCUCCUCACAGAUGACCCACGCUCGUCCUGGUUCUCUUACAUAGACUCUACGGAUGCCUCUAACCUGCCUAAUGCCUUAAGUAUGUCCAUGCAUGAUGUAUUAAAUGCCUCGCUACCAGGCAUAAAUAACUCUUUAGUGGACCUGCUGACCACAGCCUCCUGGUCUCUGCCACCUGCGUCGCCAGACCCAGCCACCCUGACUGCAGCGGGAGGGCAGCACUUGAGCCACGGCGCCACCCUGGCCACGUCACUACUGGCUGCUGCCGCCUUCACAGGUAUACCGCUGUCAAAGAGCGAUCCCAGGCUGAAGGAGCCUCUUCCACCUCACUGUCAUCUGGUGCCACAUCCUUGCCUCAUGGUACCCUCCAUAUCGGACGUCACUACACCCACUCCUACGGAGGCCACAGUAGCGCCAACAACCACCUCGAAAGUUAACACUGGAGUUACUCCGCUGACCACACCGACGACAUUGGAUUAUGAAGACUGGCUCAGAGCUGCCUAUGACAAAGUAACUGAGGAUCCAGCCCCUGAUGACGAGGGAGCAAUUUAUAUUUAUGACGACGACAACAUCACUACAAAUCCCACAACGGUGCUACUACCUGGUAACACCACCACCUUGCUGGAUUCGCCAAGGGGCACCAUCACCACCACCUUGCCGGAUUCAUCAUGGGGUACCACCACCACCUUGCCGGAUUCACCACGGGGCACCAUCACCAUCUUGCCGGAUUCACCACGGGGCACCACCACCAUCUUGCCGGAUUCACCACGGAGCACCACCACCACCUCGCUAGAUUCACCACGGGGCUCCAUCACCACCUCGCAGGAUUCACCACAAAGGGGCGUCACCACCUCGGCAGAAUCAUCAUGGACAACUACAAUUGAGACUCGUCUAGGUAAUGAGAGCUACCUCAAUAGUGAGACCCUUAAUGGAACAGAUCUCUUGCUAAACUCCUUGCAUCUAGAAGAAACGUUAGAUUCCAACAUUACGUCGAAAGACUUUAGCGGAAAUGAUGCAACAGCAUACGCUUCCAAAAAGCCUUUCGAAAGCACAGAGUCGGUUUUAACAGAAAUCUCUGCGCCUCUACUUCUAGACGAAACAGCAACACCGGAUUCUGUCAGUCGAGAAAUAUUUUCUCCAGGUGAUCCUAUUGAUCAUGCAGAAUCAUUGCCUUUAACGUCUGAAAGAAAUGGUAAUUCAAAUGAGGCGCUCGAGCAUCUCUUAAGAGCCAUUCCUGGCAUUCCUGCAAGAUUUAACACACUUUUUCUAGAUUAUGCCAGUGAGAAUGGGGCAGGCCAAUCAGAUGAGACCAUAAACAAACAUUCACUUGAUACAAAUGAUUCUCCAGUAAGAAGAAUGAAACGGGAAAUACUUAAGCCUUACCCAAAGAAACGCGAGAUGGCUAAAGAGGUGAAUGAAAAAAAACGUACAAGACUUAAAAAAAAUCGAGACUUCAAUAAUCAAGGUGAAAACAGAGAGAUUAGAGUUGUGGAUCGAAGAUCUCGAGACCUAUACAAAAUAAGUCGUGGCAUCAAUGGAAAGACUCAAGAACAAGGAGGCAAGAACCGUGUGAAGAGAGUCAUCAACGAUUAUGAGGGCUUGAGUAUUCAUGAUCUGCUUGAUUCCCCAAGAUUCAAACUAGAAACAGAUGGCAGCAUCGAUUUUGAACCACAUUUUGGGGAAGAAAACAAAAGUUUUGAGAUGAAAAAUGAAGCUUUAAAGACUGAAGCAGUGAAUGAUUUAAAUGUGAGGGAGAGUGUGGAAGCAGAUCAAUAUAGUUCCGUGGUACCUGGUGAUCAUCUCGCUUUGACUACCCAUGAUCGAGCCAGCUAUUGGGACACAAUGUUAAAAAAUCUGAAUGCUGAAAACGGAAAUGCAUCGGAAUCGCUGACGUAUGAAGACGGAGCAGCGACACGGUGGUCGACGGAGCACUCAACGCGACCAGCCACUUGGAGGAUGGCAGAGAUGGGUGAACCCUGGAGCUUGACUUCUGAACCUGAAGACGAUGAUUGUUAUAUUAUAGUGUGUGAUGCGCCAACAGAAGACACCACUUUAAGAUCCACUCAGAUCUCUAGGACGGCCCCUACUUCACCAGUAUAUACGUCGAGUGCUACUGCACCACUGACUUCAGUAACGCCUACAUCACCUGCACCCACUGAAGCCUCAGAGGCAACAGUCACUGCUACAGAUUUCGUUUCAUCGAUAUCCGGGUCCGAGGCUUCGCCACCGCCAUUGAUGGGCCCCGAGUCGCAACACUUCCUGGUACAGCCCAUGAAAAACAACCCGGAGAAGUGGGCGCCUCUGCUGCCGAGCAAGAUGCGCCAGCGGCUUAGGAAGCUGUGCUGGGAGACCAUGUUUGGCCAGGAAAUAAUUAAGCUCACUGUUAUGGACAUGGUAGUAACAGUUGUUACCAUUGUGAUCGGGGACUACAUCCGGGCGGUGAUUGUGCGCGUCUUCAACAACUGCUGUUGCUGGGACCUGGAGAAGCAGUUCCCUGGCUACCCGGAUUUCAAGAUAGCCGAGAACAUUCUCCAUCUCGUCAACAAUCAAGGCAUGGUCUGGAUGGGAAUGUUUUUUUCGCCUGGGCUGCCGGCGCUCAACACGUUUAAGCUGGUGGUGUUGCUGUACGUGCGCUCGUGGGCGGUCGUCACCUCCAACGUCCCACCGGAGACAGUCUUCAAGGCCUCCAACAAUAACAACUUCUACCUCCUCUUCCUCCUCACUAUGCUCUUCCUUUGUACCCUCCCUGUUGGGUAUGCGGUGGUGUGGCUGGAACCAUCGUGGCAUUGUGGGCCUUUCAGUGACUAUCCCAGGAUCUACCAGCUGGCAACCUCCACACUGAUUGGAGGCCUCCCAACCUCCCUCUACCCUGUAGUUGACUACAUCUCCUCUCCUGGUGUGGUCAUUCCAGCUGGCCUCCUCCUUGUCCUGAUAAUCUACUAUCUAUUAUCCCUGACAGCAGCCCUCAGGGAGGCCAACAGCGACCUCAGGGAUCAGCUUCGCCAUGAGAGGUCAGCGGAGAAGCGCAAGGCCCUGGAUGCUCGCUCUGGCAUUAAGGGACGCCCUGAAACUCCAACCACUAGGUGGGGCCGGGUGGUGCCACUGACACCCAUGCCACGGGCACGCCUUGAUGCUACCAGUGAUCCUGAGAAGCCAAUUGACAAGAAAUCUAGUCUAACUGGAGACAUUGGCCCAUUGGUCCCCCUCCCUUCCUCUCCCAGGGGCAAGGAUGAUGGGUCCUGGCCUGAUGAUGGCACUGAUCUGGGACAGUCUGAGGUGUUCGAUGACUCCCUCUCAGAGCCUCGUAGAGCGGGGAAGGACACGCCAACCAUAGACAGCGGAGAUACGGUCAUGCCAAAACAAGAGGCCAGGCGGCAUGAUAAACGGAAGGAAGUGGAAAAAGAAAGAGGUACAGAAUCUGCUCCAAGAAGUCCUUAUUCCAGACCAAAGAACAGGCGCAAUUCCUCCUCGCAUGGAAUUAAAGAUGAAGAUGAAAUAAGUUUAUCCAAGAUACAAAGAGGGCGGCACCGAAGCUCUGGAAGCCAGCACAAGUCCACUAGAAUGUCACAAAAAAGGAAAGAGUCUGAUGACAGCGGUCACCGAGACUCGUCAACCUCGGUUAAAGCUGGUCAUAGACAAAGCAUCGACUCGCCAAAGGAAAGGAGAAAAGGAUCCGGACCUCAGACAGAUAAAUUGAAGCACAAUAUGCCACAGGAAUGUGUCCAGGAGCUGAACAAGGUUCUGCAGAACAAAGAAUUAAAACAAGGAAGAUCCACAAGACUUGUAAACAAGGUUGACCCACAAAAAACUGCAGAACCUGACACGCCAACAAAAGUUAUCCCACCAGAUUAUCACCGCCGUGAAUCUUCUAUACUGAAGAUAGAUGACUUCCGUAGGAAUUCUCAAGGCAAGAACAAUCGACCCCAAAAUGGUACACAGCCAGGACACCAGCGAAGCAGUUCCGAGGAUUCUCAGAGUAUGCAGACUAUACCCAUUAUCAAGAUUAGCAAGGAGGAUAGUGUGGAGAGAUCUCUACAACAAGCUAAGUUGGAGAGGCAGGAAAAGAUGCAAGAAGACCCAUGCACUACGAGUGACCAACAAUCGCUGAACAACAAAGACACUGUAUCUUUCUUUCCAGCUGAAAGAAUGGGUGAAGAAUUGGUAAAAAUGAAAAAUAACCAGCCAAAGAUAUCUCGACAAAAGCAUUCAAAGACCAAGUCUGUACCAAAAGAAACUGACUUGGAUGAUCCUUACAUUUUGGAUUAUGGUGAUCCAAACCAGACUUCUGACACUGCUGCCCUGCUGGGAAAUGGCAAAAUGUACAAGGAAAAUGUUAAACAAAAGGCAGCAACGGAAGUUGCUCUAAGUUCAGGGACUCUCAGUUCAGACGAGGACGCGACACUCUUAGAUUAGUGAUGAUAGCUGUCCAAGAUCUAAAUUUUAAAUUUAUUUAAAUGUUUAAUAGAUUCGGUAAAUGGUCAGGACCUAUUAGAAAUGUCUGAAGUUAGUGGUUAGGGUGUGUGUAUAUGUAUGUAUGUGUGUAUUACACACACACACACAGGUAUAUGACAUACAACAAUCAUUCAUUAAUGUUGGUGU